UACAGAAACAGAACAAAGGAGAUUGCAAAUUGCAUGGUGAUUGCUGAGAAAUAAGGCACUAGCUCCCAGAAAAAAAAAAAGAGGUUGCAUUCUCAAAUUUCCUUCCCCAUCUGGAAAGAAAUUGAACAAGUGCAAUCUCUCAACAUCAAUCCAUAUAGCCUUUUUUCUACAGCAUUGUUUGACAAAGCAGGGCAUUUCUUAGGCUUUUCCUUAUUCUCUGUCUGUCAUGGCUGAUAAUUCAGGAAGCAGCGGAAAUCACGAGGUGGUUUUUAAUGUAAAUGGUGAUGCCACCAGAAAGUGUGAAAGCAUUGAAGAAGACUGUGUCCCUCUUUUGCAGAAGUUGGUAGCAGAGGUGAUAGGGACAUACUUCUUGAUAUUUGCUGGGUGUGCUUCUGUGGUGGUGAACCUUAAUAAUGACAAGGUGGUGUCACUUCCUGGGAUUGCAAUUGUUUGGGGACUGGCUGUAAUGGUUUUGGUUUACUCUAUUGGUCACAUCUCUGGUGCACAUUUCAACCCAGCUGUUACCAUUGCUCAUGCUACCACCAAAAGAUUUCCCUUAAAGCAGGUACCAGCUUAUAUAAUAGCUCAGGUAAUUGGAUCCACACUUGCAACUGGAACUCUCAGACUUAUAUUUAGUGGCAAGGAGAAUCAGUUUACAGGGACACUCCCAGCUGGUUCUGACCUGCAAGCAUUUGUGAUUGAAUUCAUAAUCACUUUCUUACUUAUGUUCGUCGUCUCUGGAGUUGCCACUGAUAACAGAGCGAUUGGUGAGUUGGCUGGACUUGCAGUUGGCUCUACAGUUCUCCUAAAUGUGUUGUUUGCCGGGCCUCCCACUGGAGCAUCAAUGAAUCCAGCAAGGAGCUUAGGACCUGCUAUUGUGCACAGUCAGUACAAAGGAAUAUGGAUAUACAUCGUUUCACCGAUUCUGGGUGCUGUGGCUGGUACAUGGACCUACAGUUUCAUCAGACAAACCAACAAGCCAGUGCGUGAAAUUACCAAGAGUGCAUCUUUCCUUAAAGCAGCAAAACGUGGGGAAGCUGAAUGAUUUAACAGGGAACCUGAGAAUGUUUCUUUUUCAGUUUUUCUUCAUGUUAUUAUUUUGAAGAUCACCGUGCAUUAGGGUUGAUGUGUUAGAAAAAGUCACAAGUUUUAGAGAGCCAAAUGACCCUGUAAUAUAAAGCUUGAGGAAAUGAAUGUCCAGUUUCUUCUUA